CGGUUAGUGCAUUAAGACGUGUUUUGACAAUUUUCAUCGAUUUUAAUUAUCAGUACUAGACCUUGAUCAAUUACUCCAAAAUAAUUAUACGAUUUACCUGUGCAAAGAACACGAACUUCUUCAUCUGUCUUAAUACUUCAGCGGUGAAUUCCUCGAUUAGAUAUACAAAUAUCGCGAGCAGGCUGGUCGAGACAUGUCUCAACGAGUUUCGACUGGCUGCCAUCAGUGAUCAUCGUUGAGGAGUCAUCGUUGAGGAUUUUUUUUUAUUAGUUUCUCUAAGAAAGGAAAUUUACGCUUCAUUCUACGUUUCGUUCAUCGAGGUGGAUGUUGCCGGUAGCACCCGUGGCUAUUAGUAAUCUUGUAUACAGUCAUCAAUUCUAUUGUGAUGGGCAGUCUUACGGCUUGUAAUACGAAAAAGUGUUUUCUACCUGGGAUUGAUCUUGGACAGCAAUUAUAAUCGAAGAAUAGACGACAUUUUCAAUACUGUGGUACUUUCGAAGAGAAUCUGGGGCGGGAAGAUGCCUCUCAGUGUGGUUGAGGAUGGGACAGCACUUAGCUAGUCUCCGAGAUUUUUUCAAGAUGGACAGUGAGAAACAAGUAGAGCUGCAACCUGAAGGUGCAUAUCAGCGGUCCUCUAUAGACAUGCUUUACGAGCCGGAAAAUAAUACUGCUCAUUUGGAAAAUAAUGGAAAUCUUGUGAACGAGUUUAAGCCCGAUGGAAAUUCAAAUAGUGAACAGUCCAAUUUAGAUUUGGAUAAUCACAACUCUAGAUUUGAGUCUAUAUACAGUCAGCCUAUCGAUGCUCAAGAUUCUAAGCAAGUGUGCAAUAGAAAUGGAAACUUUGUGGCAUCACCAGAGCCUCAAACAUUCAAACAGGAACCUUGUUGCAGCAGCUCUGGAAGCAGUAAUAGCAGCAGCAGCUCCGAAGAUAGUCCAGUUAAUCCUGUAUUAAGAAGAUCCUCUAAAACUCUGUCAUUCGGCAAGAGAAGAAGUAAGCAACGUAAUAAGGAUCCUGGUCCUCCAUGUAAUCAUGCCUUAACUUCAAAGAAAAAGCGCAGUAAUUGGGUACUCAAAUUCAAUUGCGCGAAAAGUAAAGGAUCAAAGAACACUGAUAUCCCAGGACAAGGUAACAACAGUUCGGAAUGCGUGUGCACGGGAUAUAGAAGAACGGAAGAGCACCCUAUGGGAGCUAGCAUUGUUUUCAACAGUAGAUCUGCUCCGCAAAGUCCAGUUUUGGGUCCUUUGCCACCAAGUCCUGUAAUAGAUCUUUCCCGGUUUAACCCUGAAGAAUUUCCCAUGGAGGAUUGCGAUGAAAGAGCAAGGUUGCAGCGUGCUCGAGAAAUGGAAGAAGGCGUCGAACCGCCUCCUGGUUAUCGGCCUAAUUAUCCUUCUGGUAUCCAGGUACAUCCUAAUGGAAUUACCGUGGAUAGUCUCGCGGCGCUGUUUCAGGCACAUGCCGGAAUUCAAGCUGCAGCACUCACAGCACUUUCCCAAAUCGACUUUACAUUAAUACCAAACAUCGAACGACCAGCUCAUACACAGGUCGAUUACGUUCACUGCCUGGUACCCGACCUAAGAUCUAUUACAGCCUGCUCAUUUUACUGGGGUAAAAUGGAUCGCUACGAGGCCGAACGACUCCUGGAGGGCAAGCAAGAUGGAACUUUCCUCCUGCGAGAUUCAGCUCAGGAGGAGUUCCUCUUCUCCGUCAGCUUUCGCAAGUACGAACGCUCUCUACACGCGCGCAUCGAACAAUGGAAUCACAAAUUCAGUUUUGAUUCUCACGAUCCGGGUGUCUACGCCUCAGAAACGGUAUGUGGCCUUAUCGAACACUACAAGGACCCGUCAUGCUGCAUGUUCUUCGAGCCGAUGCUGACGAUACCGCUGCAUCGCAACUUUGCAUUUCCAUUGCAGCAUCUAUGCCGUGCUGUGAUAACAACCCGCACCACCUAUGACGGUAUCAAUAAGUUGCAGUUGCCAAAGACCCUUAAGAGUUAUCUCAAAGAAUAUCAUUACAAGCAGAGAGUGCGUGUACGUAGACUGGAUACAGAGAAUGAUCUGCAGAGCGAAGGCGGUAGAUCAAUAUCAUAUCUACCAUUAAUGAGUCCACGCGAUUCUCAUUCGGCGGGAUAAAAUUAUAUGAGAACUAAUUAAGAAUAGGAAAAACAUGGAAUACAAGCACAAAAGAUUACGAAAAUUUUCGUACAGAUACGAAAAUUGUAUACGGUCCCAAAGCGAUUUCGCAUUUGUGGGAAUCUCUGUAAAAGGAUGGGAAUCAUUAUUUCUAAUACCAGGUGCAGGAAUCCCUGGGUGAAAUUAGAAUUUGUAAAGAUUCUGACGAAAUAUAAAUAAUGCAAAGGACUCCCGGAGGGUCCUGUGGAUUCUCUUGCAGAGAGUAAACGAACCUCCGGCGUCCGUUAAUACUUAACAUACUUAGUGAUUACUCAAGCGUAAUAUUUACACACCAGUUGUUUUUCUUUUAUUUAAAGCGGCCAUCGUUUAAAAAAAUAGCUAGACUUUUAGGACUACUCUUGGCACAUUAGUCUUUCUAAAAACCUUGGUCACGUAUUUUUUAUCCUUUUAAGCUCCAUCGCAUGCAACAUGCAGAAACAUUUUAUGAAAUUACCGCAAGAAGCGUAUUGACGGUCACGAUUCUCUGCAUUCUAAAUUAUAAAUUAAUCGUAGCUGAGUCAAGGUUACAUAAAAAUAUCUCUAGACGUCCAGCACUUCCAGUUAAAACGGUUACCUAUUUUUUUCUAAUUAUGAGGAGUACAUAAAAUGUAACCACGUAAUCGUGCCUCGCAUGAAAUUAAUUUGUCCCAAUACUCUCCCGCUCCACAGUAUUACUUAUCGUUAUGGACAUAUUGUUAUUAAAUAUAUAUAUGCGAAGGAAAAUUUGUAAAUUGAUAACGAUAUCAACCCUAGAUUUACGGAGGUUAAUUAUCGGCGUCAACAGAAAUUGCUAAAAAAUAAUACUUAUAAUUUCUGUAACGUUAAUUUUUGAAUUUCACGCCUUUGUCACACACCUUUAAAUUCCACAGUAGCCGUUGCGAGUUUGCAUUUCACCCCAGUGUGGAAUUGAAGGGUUUAACAUGAAAUUUGAAAUCCGUCAAAAUUACGGGUUCCGUAAAUCUAGUGUUAAUCAGUAAUGUUAGUUUCAAUGUCAUUUGACGACAUCAAGUCUUGUGAUUUUUUUAAACAUGGCCCACUGACUCGAUAUUAAAACAUUAUGGUUCGUAUUAAUAA